AGUUUCGUCUAGGGACGCGGAAGUAGCGUGCCAGUCCUGGAGGAGAACCGCAGGUUGUGUGGAAUACGGGAGGAGGCGGCCGCGCCUCCACUGGAGUUACCCCGGCUGAGCUAGGUGCUCCAGGGCGCAGCCCCUGGGCAGUGGGGGCGUCGUUACAGCCUGUGGCCUGCAAGCCGAGGAGCGCGGGCUGACACAGGUCCGAGCGUUCCUUCACUAGGACUAGCAUACGCCCGUUUCGUCGACUGAGGAUUCCGAGGCAGGGUUCUUUAAAGACCGCAUCUUGAUGUUCAGGUGUUUGCCAAAAGGCUCGGCUUCGGAGGAAGGUGAGCGAGGCGAUUAUGCUGGGUUAUGAAGAGCCCCCGAGGAAGCUUGCGGCCAAAGCGGACAAGACCCGACGCUAGGCUCGGCCAGUUACAUACUAGUUGGGUAUCAAGAAACUGAUAAUGUUUUCUUGAAUUUGCUUCUGUAUUUACUUCAUCAAUGUCUCUCAUACUGAAUAUCUUACGAGAGAUAUUGGAAUAUUUUGGUGUUCCCAUGGACCAGGUUUUGCAGAUUUGGAAAAAUAAAGACUAUGGAUCAACUCGGAGUAUUGUUCGUAUUAUUGGGAAAAUUCUUCCUUUAGACCCUUGUCCCAGGCCUAAUUUUGAGUUGAUCCCACUCUUGAACUCUGUAGACUCUGGUAACUGUGGAUAUGUAGUUCCAUCUUUCGCUGAUAUUUUGUGUGUGGCAAAUGAUGAAGAAGCCAGUUAUCUCAGAUUUCGAAAUGGAAUAUGGAAAAAUGAAGAAGAGGAAAAAAGUGAAUUUUUUAAUCCUUUGCAACUAGUUUGGGAUCCAUUGUCACCCGCUGUAAAACAUAACAAACCACUGAAAAAUGAUCCACCUGUAAGUGAAGCUGCAAUUAAAAAAAUAGCUGCCCUUGAAGAUGAACUAACUUUUCUUCGCUCUCAAAUUGCUGCAAUUGUGAAAAUGCAGGAACUAAAAAAUAGUAUCAAUUCGGCCUCCUUUGACUUGAAUAAUGAGCCUAGUGGUUUGGGACCAAUGCCAUCAUCAGGGACUGCUCAACUGAGUGUCGAACAAGAUCCAUUUUCAAGUUCAGUGCUUCCCUGUCCUCCUCCACCACCACCACUGCCCCCUCAGGUGUCUUCUCUACAGCCUCCGUGUUCUCCUCUUAUACAACCAGGAUCAAAUAAUAUUUGUGACUCAGAUAAUUCAGCAACUGAAAUGAGAAAACAGCACCCAGGGGCUAGUAAGGCCAAUUAUAGUCGUCAUUCAAAAAACCAGAAAAACAAAGAUGUUCCAAACAUGUUGGAUGUUCUAAAGGACAUGAAUAAGAUUAAACUUCGUGCUGUUGAAAGAUCACCUGGAGGCAGACCCAUUCGUAAGAGGAAAAGACAGAAUUCAAAUUGGGAUCCAGUGUCUUUAAUAUCCCAGGCACUUAAGCAGAAAUUCGCAUUCCAAGAAGAUGAUUCCUUUGAGAGAGAAAAUAGGUCUUGGGAGUCUUCUCCAUUUUCCAGUCCAGAAAAUUCAAAGUUUGGACAUCACAUUUCACAGUCAGAAGGACAGUGAAAUAAAGGAAGGACUGGCAAACAAAGGGUACGACCAAGGUGUGAACGACGUGAGCGGUGUCUACAGUUAAAAGGAAAGAUUGCAGAAAUACGCCAGCAUGUCUCUUACUACGUGUUAAUCUUCUGUUAAUGAAGUUAAAUGAGGUCUGUGCACUGGGAUAUAUGAGUGCAGAGGUCUGAAGAGUCUUGACUCUUAAGAAUACCUUUCUCUGAUUUUAGAAGAUCCAGCAGUUAAUUGGUUACUGAUGAUAGUUAGGUAUAUUAAUUUUUUUCAUGUAUGUUAAUGUUAUUAAAAGCUGAAUACACACUUUGAAUGAUUUUCCUAAGAGCUCAUGUUUCUCAUUAGAGAACAGCAGGGUCUCACUGUAACAGAAACCAUUUUAAUGGAUUAAGAAAUUAAUGUAAGCUGAGUCUGUAUUGUACUACCUAGCAAACGACAGCUGGUAUGUUUGAGGUUUUCAAAGCAAUUUCUUAAAGCAAUUAUGGCUUCCUAAUUUAAGAACCUUUGAGUCUUAAAAACUGAUAUUGAUCUGGUUUAUUGGGCUUCCAGGACCUUAGAGGUUUUCAAAGAAUGUAAUUUUUUAAAUUAAGAUAUUUUAAUUAUAUAGGUUGAGCCUCCUAAAAAUUUUUGAGGUGAUAAAGAGUUAUUCUUAGAAACUGAUUUGAUGAAUAUUAGUAUUUAAAGAAUCUUCUUCCUAUGUUUUGCCUAUACUUGCUGUGUAAAUAUGUAUAUCUAUGAUUUUUAUUUUCUUUGUUCCUUAUUAUAGUUACAUUCUGUUGCUUUGUAAAUAGAAUGUAAAAUAAAUGUGCGUUUUUAACUUG